UUCAAACUGUGGAUGGACAACCAGAGAACAACUUCUGAGCUGAAUGUGACUGCUGUGACAGCUCUUUUUGAAAUUUAAAGAGCCAAACUCAAGACAUUCAUGCAAGUAUACAGAGAAAUAAGAAGACCCUGGAGGCAAGCACACACAUAAGAAGAUAGGCGCACAUCUUUUUAAUCUGGAUAAACAAAACUGCAAGAGGAUAAACCCCUGAAGACAGAGUGGACGCGCCGAAGACCUUAAGAUAAUAAAGAGUACAGAGGAGUAUUCAAUAAGAACAACAUAAACACAGGAACCAUGAGUCAGAAGAAGGUGGCUCCAGCUAUCAAGACUAUGGGUGGGAAUACACCCCCAAGCUACGAGGAGGCAAAUCAAGGAUGCCCAGGUUACUAUUAUGUGGAUGGAGAACAAGUGGUUUUCUCCUGGGACGAUGGGAAUAUCCGUCGUGUUUUUAUCCGGAAGGUGUAUGCCAUCCUAAUGUUGCAGCUGUUUUCCACUCUUGGGAUAGUGACUCUUUUUACAUUCUGCAUGCCUGUGAAAAUCUACAUUCAGACUCAUCCAGGCCUUUACUCGCUGGCUUACCUCUUUUUCUUCAUCUCCUACAUCACUCUGGCCUGCUGUGGUGAUAUCAGGCGGCAGUUUCCCUGGAACUUCAUUCUGCUCACCAUCUUUACUCUCAGCAUGGCUUGCAUGCUUGGCUUCAUUUCCAGCUUCUACAACACUCAGUCUGUAGUGUUAUGCCUGGGAAUCACUGCUAUGGUGUGUCUGUCUGUCACCAUCUUUAGCUUCCAAACCAAGGUGGACUUCACUUCCUGUCAGGGUCUUCUCUUUGUCCUCUGCAUGGUGCUGUUUUUCUGUGGCAUCAUCAUGGGCUUCGUGGUCCCCUUUGGCUAUGUGCCAUGGUUGCAUGCCAUCUAUGGGGUCAUUGGGGCGAUUGUGUUCACUAUGUUCCUGGCUUUUGACACUCAGCUGCUGAUUGGCAACAAGCAGUACACCAUGAGUCCAGAGGAAUAUGUGUUUGCCACCCUCAGCCUCUACCUGGAUGUCGUCUACCUGUUCUCCUUCCUGCUACAGUUGUUUGGUGGACAUCAUGAGUAAAGAUUACCCACCUUCUCCUCCAUCUUCCUUCCGACCUCCUGCUUCCACCUGACAACAGCAAUCAGUAUUUUUAUAUUCAUAAAUGCCAUGGCUCACUUCCUCCACUCGGGUAUGGCUGAGGCUUCUCUUGCUCGACCUGUCUACUUGAACUAUAGACCCUUUCAAGAGAGUUCCAUUAUCAGCAUCAUAGUUGGCCCCACAAGGCUUCUGUUUCAACAUUCCAUAUGUUAUCUUAAUGCAGAGGAAGUAGAUUGGGAACCAAAUAGAACGUUCAAGCAUUGUUUUUGUUUUUAUUGUUGAAAGGGUCUUUAAUGUACCAACCCAAAUGUUUUUGUGACAUUUGGCCAUUUCUUUACCUCAGUCCUAUAUUUCAGAUGGCUAAGAAAGGUUUAGGAGUGCAUGCACUUUACAAAUCAGGACUAUUUUUUAUGCUAGCGUUGUGUUGAAUAGCUCUUCUUAGGCAGAUGAGAUCAGAUAGAUUAACUGUAGCUGUAUGCAGACAGGUAGGGAAAGACAGUUUUGUCUAUAUUGUUAACUGCAUCAAUCCUAUUCUUAGUCCAGACCAGGAACUCUGAAGGUCAGUGUAUGUCAAUGAUGGUGUGUUCAUAUGAACUGCAAUCUGGAAAUAAUGCAAUCUAUGUAUAUCCUGAGACAUACAUUGUGGAAAAAAGGUCUAGUGUUAAUGUUUUUAUAUGCAAAGGUGGCCUUGUGUUGUUUUAUACUGAGUCAGUGUUGACAUGCCAGUGCAAUCAAAAUCAGUGAUAAGCAAACAGAUUAAGAUAAUGUUUCUAUAGUAAUAUUAGCUAUUUGAGCAGGCUUUUGCGGUUGCUGCCCCGAAACUCUGGAAUAAGCUACGCCCUGAUAUUCGGACAAUUACAGACGUUGGUUUUUUCCAGUCUAAACUAAAGACUCACUUGUUUAGAAUGGCUUUUAAUACACAGUAGUGGUGUGACAAUUCUAUUUAUGUAAUUCUAUAUGUCAAUCUUUUUACUGCUUGAUUUUUAUUCUUAGUCUCUGAUGUGAAGCACUUUGGACGCCUACUGGUUGUUUUAAAGUGCUAUCCAAAUAAAUUUUGAUUGAUUGAUUGAUUUGAUUGAUAUUUGAAAUAAAGUUGUAGUCCCCAUGACAACUAUGUGUGAAAUGUUUGUUCUGCAUCUGAAACUCUACCCAUUAACAUUUCUGUGAACAGUUCAUUGAAAAACAAGAAUUUUAUUAAAAAAAAGAAAAUCAACAUAUCAAAUUCAAAAAAAGAGUACAACCAAGAGAAAAGAAUAUCAAUGAAUAAAAAACAGAGUGACAGAGAAAUCAGCAACUGUGGCACAGGAAGACAAAACUGCUGGUUAGCAACCGGCUGAUGCACUAGAAAAUAAA